GUCACAUCCAGUCCACCACCAACAAAUAUCUGACAUGCCGUGCUACAACUUCAAGAGUAUCACGGUGGUACCAUCAUCCAAAGACUUUAUUGACAUCGUCUUGUCAAAAACUCAAAGGAAAACUCCGACUGUGAUUCAUCCGCAAUAUGCAAUUGGACGUAUUAGACAUUUUUAUAUGCGUAAAGUCAAAACGUGUCAGCAGUUUUACCAUGAUAAACUUCAAACAAUUCUCACAGAAUUCCCUAAAGUGGAGAAUAUACAUCCAUUCUAUGCAGAUCUCAUAAACGUUUUAUAUUCCAAAGAUCACUACAAACUUGCAUUAAGUCAGCUUAAUACUGCCAAGAAUUUGAUUGAUGGCAUUGGUCGAGAUCAGGUGAAGAUAUUAAAGUAUGCAGAAUCCUUAUAUCAAUGUAAAACACUCAAACGAGCUGCUCUAGGGAGGCAAGUUAAAUAAAUUACAAUUAAUCAAAGGUUAGGAUGUGUACAGUAAUCAAGAGACAAGCAGAUAACUUGAAAUUCUUGGAAGAUACACGACAACACAUGUCUAGGUUACCAAGCAUUGAUCCGGACACUCGCACUAUUAUUCUUUGUGGUUUCCCGAAUGUUGGAAAGUCGAGCUUUAUAAAUAAGAUAACUCGAGCUGAUGUAGAUGUUCAGCCGUUUCCGUUUACAACUAAAUCUUUAUUUGUUGGACACACGGAUUAUAAAAAUUUACGAUGGCAAGUAAUUGAUACACCUGGUGUAUUGAAUAGACCCUUGGACGAACAUAACACGAUCGAGAUGCUAUCCAUUACAGCACUUGCACAUCUACAGGCUGCUGUAAUAUAUAUCAUGGAUUUGUCUGAACAAUGUGGAUAUACUAUACAACAACAAUUAACGCUGUUCCAAAACUUGAGACCUCUUUUCCGUAACAAACCUCUUGUAAUAGCCGCUAAUAAAGUUGAUAUCAAACCAUUUGAAGCAUUAUCUGAGGAAGAUAAACAAUCAAUUAAUGGUAUUGUCCAGUGGCAUACUGAUAGACAGAUCAGAGAUCCGGAUCGACCGAUCUUUGUAGAAAUGUCCACCGUUACUGAGGUUGGUUUAGUAACUGUUCGUUCAGUUGCAUGUGAUGACUUGUUAGCUCAACGUGUACAAGCAAAAAUUCGAGCUGCCGCUCUGCCAGGCAGUAAUGUUGAUAUCUCUAAUCGAUUGUAUAUAGCUAAACCGAAACCAGACGGAAACAAGACAGACGCACCAUCUCGUCCACCGAUAAUCCCCGACGGUGUUCUAGAUAAACAAAGGAGACGUAUGCUAAAACGUCUUCGUAUUGCUAAUUCACUCCAACCUAGCUCGCAACUUGAAGACGAAGAUGAAGACUCAUCGAAACGUUGUCGAACAUUGCGUGAUCGUGAACCAGGAGCUGAUCCUGAUGAAGGCUUCAUAUUAAAUUUAAGAGAGCAUUGGCGUAUAAAAUGUCCUGAAGAGGCAAAUGAUAUAAUCCCUGAGAUUUUGAAUGGACAUAACUUGAUCGACCUAUUCGAUCCUGAAAUUGAGGAGAAACUGAAUGCUCUGGAAGAACAAGAGGCUGCUUUCGAAAAUGCAGGGUUUUACGAUGAAUCUGAACUACUGAAGCAGGAAAAUGACCCAGAAAUGAAAAAAAUCAAAGAAACCGCAGCGAGGAUAAGAGAAGCACGAGCAUUGCGUGUUUUGGAAUCACGAGCUCGUAAGCAAGUACGUAGACCUCAAGUACCUCGAAGUGCCCGUUCAGUCAGUGUACAUAAAAUACAUCAGGAGCUGGGUGAGCUUGGUUUAGAAGUGGAUAUGCAUGAACAAGGCGAACGUGGUCGUUCACUAAAGAGAGCUGCUAGAGCACGGAACUCAGCACCAAAUCUGCACCGUGAGGCUUCAAUUGCACGUGCGUCUGUGUCGCGAUCUAGAUCUGGUUUACGUGAUGAAAAAAUGCAUGAUACCGUUAAACACAUGUCCAAAAUUGCUCAACGUAAGGUGGUAACAUCAGCACGGAAGGGAGAAGGAGAUCGUCAUAUUCCAACACUAAAGCCAAAACAUCUGUUUUCAGGCAAACGAGGGACUGGGAAAACUGAUCGUCGUUAAUUUAUUCUUUUUGAGUGAUUUUAUAACAAGAUAUUUUUAAAAAAAAAUCACUGGUUUGUUUUCAGAACAAUUUGUACGCAUAUGAUAAAUAUAAUAUCGUGGUUUUCAAUGCAAGGAUAAAA